GUUGGUCUGAUACGUUCCAAAAGCCUCACGGAAAGGUUGGAGUGGUUGAACUGAGGGGGACUUGUCGCCGCUCAGAUUGACUUCGAGAAAAGGCCACCACGACGGUGGCGACGACUGUGUCCUCCAUUUCCCCCCUACCGACCGUGUAUGACACAGGUCCCAUGGCGAAGCGGUCGACCGCUACGAUGACAGCGACCCCUUCGAAGCGCGUGCUCUUUAUGAGCAACAAAACGCCCGGCAAUUUCCAGGGGACACGGGAUCGCCAGGAGGUGCGCGCUUUGGCAGUUCGUGCGGCGUCGUUUUCGCGGCCAAACAGGAGAAAGAAGAACAGAAGAACAGCCUCUCAAGACCCUCAAUCCACCUCAGAUCAUACUCGACAAAUAUCAGUCACCCAAGCUUGGAGCGACUCCUCCGCGUCGCCUAUCCUUGCUCCCAAUCCUCAUGGUCUCCUGGGGAAUGGGAAGUCCGACCCAUUUGACUCCAUGCCCAUCCCCGUCACCGCCGACUCCCAUGAGGUCCUGGCCUAUGUCCGAUCAUUCACGUACGCAAUCAACUGGCCCGACGAACUCGAAGCCUGCCGGGAAGGCGGGAGUUUGUACCAGGCGCACCAAGUCAUGUACCGGAAGUAUUUCGAACAUGCGGCUCCCCUCAACAGUUUGCUGUCCUACGUCUACAAUCUGAUGGCCAUUGCGCAGCCAGAAAAGGCCGACCUCCACCGGCAGAUAUCCAUGCAAUAUUCUGUGAGCUGCUUCAAAUGGCUCCGAGACCUGAUCGACAACUUGGACUACUCCUACGACCAACUGCUUCUCAUCCUGCAGACGAUCUGGCCGCUGGCAAGUGCAGAAUACUCCGAGUCCGUUCGGACGGGCAACGACAACUGCUCUCAGCACCGCUCUGCUUUGAAGAGGCUGAUUCGUCUCCUCGGCGGCCUUCACACACUGCCCAUGGUCUACCGAGAAUUGAUUGUGCAUUUCUUCGCCAAGAUUGCGGUGGUGACAGGCACGAGCACCGAAAUUGAUCCUAUGUCGUGGGAUCCCGGGCCAUGGAAUGCUCAACAUAUCGCAGCGCGGCCCCGAGAACUUGAGGGGAUCCCAAGUCCGUUGCCUGCGCAGAUUGAUGACUGCCGAACUUUGUCAGAUAUCUUGGCCGCGCUGAGAGAGUUGGUCACAGUCGAAGAGGUGAAGAGGGAGGGUAUCUGGUCGGACGAAGAUCACCUCAGGCCGAUAUUCCGGUGGUCAUUUCUCCGCAGGAUCGCGCUCAAGAUGCGGCUGUGGAACCUUUGGCACAGUCCAGUCGAGCGGCUCGACACGCGGCUUCCGCCAAACACACCGCGAGAGUCGCUCGACUCGGCUCUAUGUCUUGCGGCGCAGCUGUUCAUCUAUCUCAGCCUUGAAGCUCAUCCCAUCAAACAGCCGUGGUUCGCGGCACCAACGCAACAUGCCGAGAUGUUGGAGCAGAUCAAGGCCAUGGACACAGUCCUCUUGCAGAGGGUCAAAGACCUCGACCCGACGGCGACAAUACAAGAUCCCUUGCUGGGCGGGCUAGCGAACAGCGACUCGAUUGCCCUGGCACAGGCGCAGGAUCUUCUGUGGAUCGUCGCCAUUGGUGCAUGCUUCGAGGAGGAGGUCCGGAAGCAGCGAGGACGAAACCAGAUCUCGGAUUUGACGGUGAUGCCCAAAACAGACGCUGCUGUCCAUGCGGGGCGACAGAAACGGGAGGAUCGGGAAAGGCGCGGGGACGACGUGACAAUGAUGGUGCAGACAGAGUGGUUCUCCGUGCGCUUUGGUCUGCUUGCGAGGAGGCUGGGGUAUACGAGAUUCGCGCAUGUGCGAGGGUUGUUCAGACGGGAGCACGUCUAUGAUGGGAUGAUGAUGGAUGAGACGUUGAAGAAACUGUUUGAUGUGAGAGUAUAACAAUUUGCCUAGGGAGGAUGCAUCCCAGUGGCACUCACCGUGUAGUUACUAGUUGGGUUUAUGCUGAAGGCGGGACUCUAACUGUAAACCAUAUGCAGCGGGUUAUUCCUCUUGAUCGUGGACUUGGUGGUUGGAACUAUAUGGUUCGGUUGGGGAUGUACAUCGUAGGUAGCGAGGUGUCAGGCUAGGUCAUCGGAGGGGCUUAGCGAAUAGAGGCUUACUGCUAGCAAUAGUAGCCCCUUUGUUAAUUACUCAAUAACAUAUAACUAGGCC